AUGUUCCAGCAAUUACAGAGAGUGAAUUGUAUCAAGAGAGAGAGAGUGAACAUUGUUCUUAUCACAUUCCUCAACCGAGCCCUCGACAACGACAUGUCUCCGAUCCUCGUCGUGGCCACAAACAGCGGGAUGGCAACAAUCCGAGGAACAAACCAGAAAUCAGCACACGGGAUCCCCAUCGAUCUACUAGACCGUCUUCUCAUCAUCACGACGCAACCUUACACAGAGGAUGAGAUUAGAAAGAUCUUGGAGAUCCGGUGCCAAGAAGAAGACGUCGACAUGAACGAGGAGGCGAAAUGUAUAUUGGAUCAAGAUAUGGCGGCUCAAUGGGCAGAGUUUGAUGAUAGGCUUAUCUUCAAGGAUCUGGUGAGUGAGAUCGUGCAUGGUGAGAUUGGUCUGCUGAAAGCAAAUUCAGGGAGAUGGAAGAAUAUUUAUGUAUUGAAACCAGUUUCCAAGAGAAGUUUGAGAGAUAACUGCCCAAGUAAAAAAAAGAUGAGCAACAGUAAAAGAAUCCAGAGACUUUCAAUCCUUCAUCUCCAUUCUUCAAUCCUUCUCUUCUUUGCAUGUGCAUCUACUCUAUACACCAGACCAAAUCGGUUUGCAUCUAUCUGUAGAGUGGAGUUCUCUUUGAUGUCAUCUCGGACCAUAUUUUUUAGAGUUCUGUCACCAUUCGUCUCGAGCCAUUUCUUAAUAGGGCGAGCACCAUAUACCUAA